GUUCGGACACGCAGAAAGUGGUGAUUGCGCCGAUCGAGAAAAUGGUUAAUAUCGUCAAACAGUUGGCAGAUGAUCCUCUUCGGAAACCUGAGACGGAGGUCGACGAGAAGGAAUCUAAAAGCUCCGACGACGGAUCUGCCUCCGAGGAGUCUGGAAAUAAUGAACGAUUGACAACCAGGAGGACUACGAGAAGGUUGGCGAAGACAGGAAGCGAGGAUAAACAUAUGGAAACUACUUUGCUCGAGAGCACUAUAUUGAGGAUCGGUUCGCUGCUGCGGGUUGGAUUCGGGCAAGCGGGCGCGCAGAUCAUCUGCAACAACAUGAGUCAAGACAGUGGCAAUUCAAGCGGUUUGAAUAUGAUGUUGCCCGGCCGCCGAGUGGAAGGGGUCUACGCUUACUGUGACAUACGGCAAUUCGAUGAUACGGCGAAGUGCCUUCUCGAGGAAACCGUCUCUGCUGCAGCUUCUAGAAGAAUAUCAUCAGCGUCGAUUCGCCCACUAACAGCGAACACGCCUAGACCGACUCCCGGCAAUGUGAGUAUGCCGCGGAAGAUAUCAGUUGUUCGUCUUAAAGAAAUCAACAACGAGAGGGAGAAAGCGAAGAAAGAACUGACGGAAAGAGCUCUGCUGGGCUGCAUAAAAAUUAUCGCUGAGAUUCGUCGAGCUGGAGAUCUGAAAGCUUAUGCUAAACACCCAAAACUGAUACCAAAAUUUGGUCUAUCGUACCAAGUGGACGUCGGCAUCGCUUUGCAUAGUGGUUGGAGCGUCGAAGGUGCGAUUGGAAGCGAAAUGAAGAUCGACGCAACCUAUAUCGGGUUUAAUGUUAGUGUUGCUCGGUCGUUGUUGAAAGCCCUACCACUCUACGGUUGCAGUCUACUUCUGACGGAGUCUGUCGUUGAGAAUCUCGGCAACAAGACAAGAGACAGAUGUCGGCUCAUUGAUGAGGUUCGACUCCAAGCAGUUGCGCGGUUACGCUACUAUGAUAAUGCUAAAGAGCGUUUGAAGUGGUCUGAGGACGUUCGCCCUCUUCUGCCAGAGAUAGCGGUGGGAUUAUUUCUCACACGACGACUUCGCAAUCCUGCUUGGGUGGACCUUGGAUAUGAGGCACUGCAAGUGGCGUCGAUUGUGUGUGCGAAAGAGCGCGACUUGGACGUCGGUCUAGUCGAGGAUCUUCGAAGAAUAUAUUCCAAAUCUCUCGGUUGGGAGCACUCAGCAGUG